UCCUCAUGCCAUCGACGGCCGCGCGCCAUGUCCCGGCACGGGGCACUUCGCAGUGCUGCGCAGCGCCGCCGCAACGAGGCAGCUUCCAACGAGGCCUUUGAGGCUUUCUACCAGCGCCAGGAGAUCGUUCCAAAGGAGCAAUGGGGCGAGUUCAUGGAGGCGAUGAGGCGACCCAUGCCAGUGGUGGUUCGCCUCAACCCAACAAGGCCCCAUUGGCAGGAGCUUGAGCGCUCCUUUGCAGACGACCCGCGCUGGAUGCGGCUGCCUUGGUUCACGUGCGCAUGGCAGUGCAGCGCUGAGAACUACGACGACGCCUUGCGGACGCAGUGCUCAGCUUUGAAUAAGUCAUACGCGCUGCGAUUCCAGGAGAGCGCGUCCCUGGUGCCUCCGCUGCUGCUGGAGGUGCAGGCUGAGGAUCUGCUGCUGGACCUGUGCGCUGCUCCAGGAAGCAAGACCCUGGAAUGUAUCGAGCUCAUGCGCGAGCAUGGGAAGCAGGAUGCUUCUGUCGUCAUUGCCAAUGAUGCGGACGCUGAGCGCUGCUUUGAGUUGCUGCCGCUUAUCACACGCAAGGCAAGGCAUCCAGGCUGCGCCGUGGUGCUGGGCAGCGCAGCCAAAUACCCAGCACAGUUCCGUGGUCAAGGAGAGCAGCUCUUGUAUGAUCGGGUACUUGCUGAUGUGCCCUGCUCUGGGGAUGGCACAUUGCGGCGAAGACCGCACUGCUGGGAGUCAUGGUCGAUAGAGUUCCCAAUGUCUGUUCACAGCAAGCAGCUGCAGAUCUUGUGCCGUGGCUUGCAUCUCCUGCGGCCUGGCGGCCGCUUGGUGUACUCCACCUGCAGCAUGAACCCCCUGGAGAACGAGGCCGUGGUGGCUGCUGCAUUGGCGCGCUUUGGGGACGACGUGGCCUUGCUGCCUGUGGAUGGCCUUCGUCUCAAAACUGCGCGUGGCCUGGAAAGCUGGUGGGUGCCCGACCCCCAAAGCCCAGGCGUGUACUACAAGUCCUGGGCAGAAGUGCCAACCUCUGCAAGAAAGCCCACUGGCCAGCUGACGGAGAGCAUGUUCCCGUGCAUUGAUGGCUUGGAUCGAUGCAUUCGGCUGAACCCUCAUGAUAUCGACGGAUCUGGGUUUUUCGUGGCCGUUUUGACCAAGAAGCGCCACAGGGCGUUUCCGUUGGAAGUCCCCCAGCAGCCCACCCUGGAUCGGAUACCAUGGAGGGCGAGGAACCAGAACAACUGCUACAUGCUGGUGGGCCGCGACAAUGUGGAUAUCGAGUCCAUCGUGGGAUUCUAUGGUCUGGACAUGCCAGAGCCGCUUUUGGCGGAGUACAACAUCAAAGGCAAGCUCACCCAGCUGAAUUGGGUGAACCAGGCACUGCUGCAGCUGCUGCGGAGCCAUUUGAACUGCAAGGGUUCUCCGCUCCUGGUGUCGGUGGGGGUUCCGCUCUUCAAACUUUUGGACGAUAACUUCAUGACAAACAUCGAUGUUCCAUCGCGGUGGCGACCCGCUAUGGAGGGGGCUUCCACCCUGGCACCGCGAAUGACCAAGAGAGUGCUAAAGAUCAGCCUGGAUGAGAUGAGGAGCCUGCUGAUGACACGGGUGCUGCCCAUGAAACGGCUGCUUUCUCUGGCUGCCUCCGGAGAACUGCAGGGCCUCCAAGGUUGCGAGGACAAGCUGGGCGGCGCCGUGGUGGGCACCGCAGACGGCUCCUUUUGGGUGCCUUGCAUCAUCACAGGGACUGGCCUGGAGGUCUACGCCAGCUUGGAGGAGAUCGGUGAUCCCCUGCCAAAGCUGCUGCCGCCUAUGCGGCCGGAGGUGGUUUGCCAAGGUCCUGGAUAUGUGGUUUUAAACAAGCCAAGUGGUUUGCGCACCGAAGACGCGCUGCGUUUUGUGCAGGAGACGAGCCCAUCAGCAGAACUUGUCUCAAGAUUGGACAAGGGUACCAGUGGUUGCUUGCUGAUCCCCCUCUCGGCAGAUGCUGCCAGGGAUUUCACGCAACAGUUUGCAGGAACCAAGGUCGCCAAGACCUACGUCGCCUUGGUGCACGGCCACCCGGAGCCUUCCGGCCGCAUCGAUGCGGCGCUGGGCCUUCAGCAGCAGGGCGGCGGCGCCAAGUACCGGGCCUUCGCAGAUGCCUCGGGCAAGGCGGCCAUUACGCGCUACAAGAUGAUCUGGAAGAGCAAAGAAGGUGUGGCUUUGCUGCUGGUCUUCCCAGAGACCGGACGAACUCACCAAAUCCGUUGUCACAUGGCGCACAUUGGGCACCCACUCGUCGGCGACACAAAGUACGGAGGGCAUCCCGUAGCCUGGUGCAAACGCUUGGCCUUGCACUGUCUGGCCCUGGAAGCUUUGGAUGUUGAGGGGUCUGUGAGAGCCUUCGCAGCGCUGCCACGGGAUUUCGUGAGCAUGCUGAACGCCUUGGAGCAACUGGACUGGCGGGCGCUGGUGGAGCACAAGGACUAGACGUGACCCAUCGACCUUCCAUCUCGUUCCCGAGUUCACGCCCGAGAUCUCGGAGUUGGCGACGCUUGGGCCCGCCUUGGCUGCGCGCCAUGUAAGAGGGGCCUCCGCCUGAAGCACGGGAAGGACGCUGCGAG